AGAAGUUGAGGGUCCAUUCUUCAAACAUUCCAUUUUCCGAUAUUUAACACGGAGGCCGGAGAUCGGACUGCACAAAACUCUGCGAAAGCCAAAGAGCAGAGAGACUGUUGCUCGGAAAUGUCUUUAACAACAACCUUCCAUCCUUUCUCCUCCAUUUAUACCCACCAUACCCGUUCUCCAAUUUCCACUAACCUCGCUCAUUGCGCAGUAUCGACUUCCUCUUUUCGCCACAGUGGUGCAAGGCUUCUAGGCUUUUGCCCUCAUGCUAUUUCUACACAAGACCAAGGAGUUUUCGAUUCUGAACUACAUUCUGUACUUCAGUUGGCUACAGGCUCUGAACUAUAUGAGGUGGAAAGAAUUCUUUUUGGCACAAGUUACUUCAGUCCAUUAUUGAAGUCCAUAGCAAAACCAUCCGAUAUCGAUUAUGUCAUGAUCGAGGAAGACCCGGAAGUGAGAGAGGAUUUUAUAAGGAUUCUGGAAUCAAGAUUCUUUUUCCUUGCAGCUGAUGCUCGAUCUUCUUUGAGGGGUUGGCGGCCAACAUAUAGGAAUGUUUUGCUUGGUGUGAGAAAAGAACUAAAAGUACCAUGUUCGACAAAACUAUCAACCGAAGAUUUGGAAAUAGAGAUUUUCCUUCACUUGUUGCAGGAGUACUCAAGUGAAGGUUCAGGAAACAUCGUUGCUAAAUGGGGAAGCUCGAAACAUGCUUCUGAUACUCAGAGUAGUCUAGAAGUUGGCUUAAGUCCAUGGAAGGUACAAGCAUUUGCGGCUUUAGGACGUGGGGCAGACGAGUUCUUUACAACUAUUCUGAAGGGUGGAGGGAUGUUUACAGUGGGAAGGCUAUACAAUUUGGUAUCAAGUAAAUUAUCUGGCAAGGUGUUCUUGGAAGCAGCCAACUAUCAAAUAAAGAAGGAAGUUCUCAAGGAGGGCGGACGGCUGGCAGCUAUUAACUUGGAGUCAAGAGCAGCCUUACUUGCAGCAAAACAGGGGCUAGCAGGUGCUGCAUCGCGAUAUCUUGGUGUUAGGAGUAUAAUGGUGUUACUUGGUCCAAUGCUAUGGGGAACGUUUCUGGCUGACCUGGUUAUUCAAAUGCUUGGAACAGAUUAUGCAAGAAUCGUGCGUGCAAUUUAUGCAUUUGCACAGAUCAGAAUCUCAAGGACAUACAAGCUACCAUCUGAUAGCAGCUGAGAAUACUCAAUUUGGUUUCUUUGGGGUUGUCUUAUGUGAUUAAUGGUGUAUAUAUAUCUACAUAGUUUGAGAUGCACCAAAGAAAGUUAAUUCAUUUUGACCCUGAAGGUCAGUCAAAAGCAGUAGGGCAAGAUGUUGAUACUUUGACCCAGCAUCAAUAGAAUGUUGUGAUUAUCAUGUCA